GGGUUCCUGGGAAGAUCGGCCCAGGGUCCGAGGCUCCGGACCCUGCCCGUGUCCUUUGCGUCUUGAUGGGCCGGAGAGCCGGAUCUGAUGAGGUCCGGGCUGGAGAUCUAGAAAAGUUGGCUCCCGGUCGGAAGGAGCAUAGCUGCCGCUCCUUGGGGUUCAUGAUGAUUCUGCUCCUUUCUUUGACUGCCUCUUGCCCUUGGUCUGGACUGGAGUGAACCAAGGGCUAGUUCUUAGCUGAUGCAACUGCUGCCUUUUUUGGGAAGGAGGAGAAAUGGUUGGGGGUGUCGACAACCUCCUCCUGAUGGGGACUUGCCUGGAAGGGUGGGGCCGUUUUUCGGUGACCACACUCUGACGCCUCUUCCCCAGGAAGCCUUUUGGGGAUGAGGUGUGAGGAUGGAGAGGGAGAGAGCUUGGUGAGGGAAAGCGAAUUUUGGCCUCAAUGGCGGAGGAUGGGUUUGAGGGAGCUGAGAGGCUACCAGAGGCCUCUCCCACCUUUUCCAUUAGGAGGACCUUAAACCUCUGCCAAACUGUUUCCUGCCCUCUGAGCAGACAGACUAGCAGACAGACAGACUGAAGGCAGGAGGAGGGCUGCUGGUGGUGAUACUUCCUGUGGAGGAGAUGGGGGAGUGGGAGUUUGUGCAGAGGGCCUGGGCAGUCAGUGCCCGUGGCUCAGUCACACUGGCAUUGCCUUCGUGAAGGUCAGGUCUUCUUCUGGCUCACGGGGAGAGGCAAGGACAGGUGACUUGUGGUGGAGGACUGGCUUUUGGAGAGAUGCUGGGGCAUGAAUCACCAGCCUUGGCUUCCCUGUCUUCUCGGUUUGAGAGAUUCCUUGGGGUUGGGUCUGAUGCCCCUCUGCCUGUGGGCUGUGGGACACAGAGCAGGAUCCAAGAAUGUUUAUGACUUCUCCUGGGAAUUCAGCUAGGUGGUUUGCACUCCAUCUCUUGGGCACACCCGCUAGGAAGCAGUUUCCUCUGCAAACUUUGAACGGCCUUUCUGGACUGUGGGGUAUCCUGAGGACUGCCCUGGUAGGUCAGAACCAGGGGAGGUCGCUGGGCCUUGGGUGGCUGCCUGGCUUGGCUCGGACCUCCCCUAUAGGAGCUGGAGGGAAGGAAUCAACCUGGUUCCCCACUCCCUCUCCUGAGAGUGGAGGUGAUGCCAGGUUUCCACAUGGGGACCCUGAGGCAUGGGCUAAUGGUAUAAGACCUCAUGGGGAGUCAGGUGGGAUGGAUAUGGGGCCCUAGAGCCCAGCACACCAUCUCGCCACCCCUUGACUCAUUCAUUCAUUCAUUCAUUCAGUCAGUCAGUCAGUCAUCCUUUAGUAAGUGCUUGGCCUGUGCCAGGAAUAGUGGUAAGAGAACACAGUCCCUGGCCUCCUCUGAGCUGCCAUCUAAGACGAGAGGCAGAUAGGGAAACAGCAAUACGGUGGCCAGUGUAAUAAUGGCGACACAGAGACAGCCCAGAGGAAGGAGGCAUCAGCUCUGGGGGAAUAUGCAGGGGUGGUCAGCCUGUGUUUCUUGGAAUAGGAGGGACUAGAAGAAUCAGUGACAGGGAGUCCAGAGCCGGAGUUCUGGUCCGGGCUCUGCCACGGGCGAGUGACUGGACAGCCCAGCGUCGGUGGGCAUCCCCAUCCUUGCCGAGGAGGGUGGGUAGGGGCAGAGGCCGGUUUGGAUGGCCUCUGUGCCUCUGCAGCGCUAAGUGCUUUACGGUCACAGUCACCUGAGUGGGGUUGCUGGCUUAUUGACCUGUCCCCCUGUGAGGCUGGAGGCUGCCUUCUGCUUCUUUUCUCCCAGUGGAGUGCCUGGUGCUGAGUAGAUGUGAUAAAUGCUCAGUGGCAUCUGUGGUUGCAAGGCUCCACAGUCCCUCAAAGAGCCGUUCGGGUCCCUUUGUCUGCCUGUGUCCCCUCUUCCCCCACUUCCUCCUUCCUGCUAACUCCUCCUUCUCCUCGGGCCACACUCCCAGCUCCUGGCUGGUGGAGGUGCUCCCCCUUCCCCUGCAGUGGUCUGAUCACACUUCUCUCCCUACCCUGCCAGCUUGUCUUGUUCACGCGUGUAAGCAGUUCUGAGCAGAGUGCCUGGCAUGGAGGGAGCUUCCAUGGAGCGAAAGGAAUGCCAGGACCCUGCCCAGACAGAUGUGGGCCAGCCUCAGCGCCGACAGCCAACACGCAGAUAGCAGAGCCGUCCACGGGGUUGAACCAUGAUUCCAGUGACAGAGCUCCGCUACUUUGCGGACACGCAGCCAGCGUACCGGAUCCUGAAGCCGUGGUGGGACGUGUUCACCGACUACAUCUCCAUCGUCAUGCUGAUGAUCGCAGUCUUUGGGGGCACGCUGCAGGUCACCCAGGACAAGAUGAUCUGCCUGCCUUGUAAGUGGGUCACCAAGGACUCCUGCAAUGACUCUUUCCGAGGCUGGGCAGCCCCUGGCCCAGAGCCCACCUACCCCAACUCCACGGUCCUUCCAGCCCCUGAUACAGGCCCCACGGGCAUCAAGUACGACCUAGACCGGCACCAGUACAACUACGUGGACGCCGUGUGCUAUGAGAACCGCCUGCACUGGUUCGCCAAGUACUUCCCCUACCUGGUGCUUCUGCACACGCUCAUCUUCCUGGCCUGCAGCAACUUCUGGUUCAAGUUCCCACGCACCAGCUCGAAGCUGGAACACUUCGUCUCUAUCCUGCUUAAGUGCUUCGACUCGCCCUGGACCACGCGGGCCCUGUCGGAGACAGUAGUGGAGGAGAGUGACCCCAAGCCGGCCUUCAGCAAGAUGAACGGCUCCAUGGACAAGAAAUCGUCAACAGUCAGCGAGGACGUGGAGGCCACUGUACCCAUGCUGCAGCGGACCAAGUCUCGGAUCGAGCAGGGCAUCGUGGACCGCUCGGAGACGGGCGUGCUGGACAAGAAGGAGGGGGAGCAAGCCAAGGCGCUAUUUGAGAAGGUGAAGAAAUUUCGGACCCACGUGGAGGAGGGGGACAUCGUAUACCGCCUCUACAUGCGUCAGACCAUCAUCAAGGUGAUCAAGUUCAUCCUCAUCAUCUGCUACACCGUCUACUACGUGCACAACAUCAAGUUCGACGUGGACUGCACUGUGGACAUUGAGAGCCUAACCGGCUACCGCACCUACCGGUGUGCCCACCCCCUGGCCACGCUCUUCAAGAUCCUGGCGUCCUUCUACAUCAGCCUGGUCAUCUUCUACGGCCUCAUCUGCAUGUACACGCUGUGGUGGAUGCUGCGGCGCUCGCUCAAGAAGUACUCGUUCGAGUCCAUUCGCGAGGAGAGCAGCUACAGCGACAUCCCCGACGUCAAGAACGACUUUGCCUUCAUGCUGCACCUCAUCGACCAGUACGACCCGCUCUACUCGAAGCGCUUUGCUGUCUUCCUGUCAGAGGUGAGCGAGAACAAGCUGAGGCAGCUGAACCUCAACAACGAGUGGACGCUGGACAAGCUGCGGCAGCGGCUCACCAAGAAUGCGCAGGACAAGUUGGAGCUGCACCUGUUCAUGCUCAGCGGCAUCCCCGACACUGUGUUUGACCUGGUGGAGCUGGAGGUUCUGAAGCUGGAGCUCAUCCCCGACGUCACCAUCCCGCCCAGCAUCGCUCAGCUCACGGGCCUCAAGGAGCUGUGGCUCUACCACACAGCAGCCAAGAUCGAGGCGCCCGCCCUGGCCUUCCUGCGUGAGAACUUGCGGGCACUGCACAUCAAGUUCACGGACAUCAAGGAGAUCCCGCUGUGGAUCUACAGCCUGAAGACGCUGGAGGAGCUGCACCUGACGGGCAACCUGAGCGCAGAGAACAACCGCUACAUCGUCAUCGACGGGCUGCGUGAGCUCAAGCGCCUCAAGGUGCUGCGGCUCAAGAGCAACCUGAGCAAGCUGCCCCAGGUGGUCACAGAUGUGGGCGUGCACCUGCAGAAGCUGUCCAUCAACAACGAGGGCACCAAGCUCAUCGUCCUCAACAGCCUCAAGAAGAUGGUGAACCUGACGGAGCUCGAGCUGAUCCGCUGCGACCUGGAGCGCAUCCCCCACUCCAUCUUCAGCCUCCACAACCUGCAGGAGAUCGACCUCAAGGACAAUAACCUCAAGACCAUCGAGGAGAUCAUCAGCUUCCAGCACCUGCACCGCCUCACCUGCCUUAAGCUGUGGUACAACCACAUUGCCUACAUCCCCAUCCAGAUCGGCAACCUCACCAACCUCGAGCGCCUCUACCUGAACCGCAACAAGAUCGAGAAGAUCCCCACCCAGCUCUUCUACUGCCGCAAGCUGCGCUACCUGGACCUCAGCCACAACAACCUGACCUUCCUCCCCGCUGACAUUGGCCUCCUACAGAACCUCCAGAAUCUGGCCGUCACGGCCAACCGGAUCGAAGCGCUGCCCCCGGAGCUCUUCCAGUGCCGGAAACUGCGGGCCCUGCACCUGGGCAACAACGUGCUGCAGUCGCUGCCCUCGAGGGUGGGCGAGCUGACCAACCUGACCCAGAUCGAGCUGCGGGGCAACCGGCUGGAGUGCCUGCCCGUGGAGCUGGGCGAGUGCCCGCUGCUCAAGCGCAGUGGCCUGGUGGUGGAGGAGGACCUGUUCAACACCCUGCCGCCCGAGGUCAAGGAACGGCUCUGGAGGGCCGACAAGGAGCAGGCCUGAGCACAGGCGGGCAGCUGAGCACGGAGCCAGCCCUGAGCGGCCAGCAGCAGGACCCUGAGGAGUCCGCAGGCCCAGGAACCCAGAAACCCCGGGACUACCAUCCCGGAGCCAGAUGCGAGCUGGGCCUGGUGACAGGACAGUACCUAAGGGGCUGGCCCCUUCUCUCCCUCUGAGACACGUGCCCCUGGGCAGGCGCCUUGGGGGAUCAGAGACCUGUAGUCCAUCCCAGAGCACGGUAUUCGGACAAUCAGGGCCUCCUCCCUGGAGGCCACCUCUGCCCCAGAGGCUGAGCCAGUGCCAGAGGUCCAGGGACAUCUACUUAGCUCUUGGUAUUUAUUUUUCUCCACCUCAUGUCCCCUCCUUGCAGAUAACUUAUACAUUCCCGUGGAAGCUCAGCUCGGAUGGGGGUGUUGGAGGAAGGGUGGGCUGUGUCGCCUUCUCCUUUUUUGGUGAUGCUGUGGCAUGUACUGCCCACUCAGAGUGAGCAGAGUGUUCCAGUGCAAAGCACCUGUGGGGCAGUUGCCCAGUGGUGCUGGGUGGGCUUUGGCGGCAGGGCCUGUGGGAGAGCAGGCUGCCAGGUGGAAAGGCCAGGCCUGGGACUUGCCUCAUCCAUUUUAGAUAUUGGGUUUUUUUUUUUAAGUAAAAAAAAAAUUUUUUUAAGCUUUGAAAAUUGAGGGUUUGGGUAUUAAAAAGAAAAAACUUAAAAAAAAGACACUAAAGGCCAGUGAGUUGGGGUCUCAGGGUGGGGCAGCAUUGUCCUUCAGCAGACCAGCAAGACCUGAAUUGUGUCUCCUCCUCUCUUGUGGGCACAGGCUGCAGGAUGUCUUCCGAAUCUGCUGUGACCUUGGUCCAGGAGUUCUGUUUGUUCCUCUCCUAGGGUGGGGAUUUUUGUUUUGUUUUUGGUGUCUUGUUUUCUUUCUCCUCCAUGUGUCUUGGCAGGCGCUCAUUUCCGAGGCUGUUGGCCAAAGGGAAUGUUCUGGAGCCGCCAAGAAGGGGGGAGACGUGGGCUGACAAAUUCCUGGAUGAACGGUGCUCCAUCCCACCCUCCCUCAUCGCAGUGUUAAGGAGCUGAGAGGAGCUACCUCUCCCGGACUUUGCCUUCCCACCUUGUGUGUCAUGAAUUUGCCACCGCUAGCCUCAGCUGCUUACAUCAGCCCUGUCACCACCUGGUCCCUGAGAACAGACUGUUGGAGGUGGGGUCGUGGGUGGGGAGGUCACCACUGGGAGGGCAGGCUCCCCACGUUUGGGUUCCAGUUUCUGUCCCAGGCGCCCGGUGCACACAGCCCCUUAGGGCCUGGGGGUGGGAAGCCAGCUCGCUUUAGAUCAGUCACUGGGGUUCCCGCCUUAGAAGGGUCCCCACCUUAGAUCACUCACUUGGACACUAAGGCACGUUUUAGCGUCUCUUGUCUUAAUGAUUAUGUCCAUUUGUCUGUCCAUUUGUGUUUUCUGCAUCAUGUCGGCAGAUGUAAUCCUCAGAAAUAAUGCACACUGGCCUCUGACAACCAUGAAGCAAUCUGUUACAUGUGGGUCUGAACUUGUACACUUGGUUCAAACAUCAAAUAAACCUAUAACAGAAAGUA